AUGGCUAUAGCUGACCACGGUAGCCGCCGGUCGCAUCACUCCGAAGGCAAGUUAUGGAGGCUAUGCCCGUUCUGGCAAUCUGGAACUACCUCCUCAUCUACCUCUUCUACUCAAAUUCUUCAAACUAAUAGCCAGCAGCACAGCUUCCAAAACGGCGUCGGAUCCAACUCCAGCUCCUCCUCCUCUUCUACUUCUGUUUCUUCCGUUGCUAGAUCCUUGUUUCCAGCUCGCCGUCGCCUCCGACUUGAUCCGACCAAUAAUCUCUACUUUCCAUAUGAGCCGGGGAAACAGGUGAAGAGUGCUGUUAGGAUUAAGAACUCAAGCAAGUCGCAUGUGGCUUUUAAGUUUCAAACUACUGCACCAAAGAGUUGUUAUAUGAGACCUCCUGGUGGUAUCCUUGCUCCUGGGGAAAGCAUAAUUGCUACCGUCUUCAAGUUUGUGGAGCAUCCUGAAAACAACGAAAAACCGCCAACAGAGCAGAAAAGCAAAGUCAAGUUCAAAAUCAUGAGUCUCAAGGUUAAAGAAGGAACAGACUAUGUUCCUGAGCUGUUUGAUGAAAAAAAGGAUCAAGUGACUGUUGAGCGUGUCCUGCGUGUUGUAUUUUUGGAUCCAGAGCGCUCUACUCCUGCAUUGGAAAAACUCAAACGUCAGUUGGCCGAAGCUGAAGCUGCAAUUGAGGCACGGAAGAAACCUGCAACUGAUGCAGGCCCCCGAGUUGUUGGGGAAGGUCUUGUUAUAGAUGAGUGGAAAGAACGAAGGGAGAAAUAUCUUGCUCGGCAGCAGGUUGAGGCUGUAGAUUCAGUGUAA